UCCGACCGCGUUGCAGUUCGUCACAGUCGCCCGGCGAACUCCAACGUGAUAUGAUGGUUUUGUGUUCCUUGUGAAUUGUGUUCCACGCUGUGGUGCUAUUUGUGUGUACUCUCAUUUUAGUUGCCCAAAUCAGUGUCUAAAACAGUGUGUAUUAAUUCCAUAUAGAACCUGGACCAGCUGAGUCGAAACUAAGAACACCUGUCUCACUUCAACACCUCGCCACCUAAACCUACUUACGCGGACGAAGUCGCGAACGAGAGGAUGACGAGAAAUCGGUAAAUCCCGUUGCGACGUCGCGACAAUUUCACGCUAUCAAUCGAGACAAAACCCGAAAGCCUGCAAAGGGAAACGCGGUGAAUCAUGUCGCAAUCGAGACGUCCUAGCGUUUCCAUCCACGAUUAUCCGGAACAUUUGAAUCCGUUCAGCGAUGACAUCACCAAUGCGCAGCCUUACUUUUAUCACGAUGGGAAGACCAAGGACUCAAAACACAAGUUCUGGACAUUUGGUAGAAGCAGGAAGAAAAGGUCGAAUAGCUUCUCCAUCAAAGGCACAUGGAACGGGCUAUUUGGCAAGCGGAAAGACGACAAGUUAGAAGCUCAGGAAAAGAGGUCCACGAUUACCACAGUUUCGUCCACUUAUAAAAGAGAACCAUGUAUCAAACCGAUACCUGUACCGCAGCGUGUACCGACAAAAGAUCAGCAGGAAUUCGAUGAAGCUCUUGGUACUUUAGCCAGAAGAAGAAAAUACACUUUAGAUAAUUCUUCAUCGAGAUACAGUUCGAGCUUGACUGUUAACGGUGAUCCUGCGAGACUCUAUGAUGGGAGUCCGCAGGAAACCACCACAUCCAUUAUGGGUGAUCUCACACCGAAACCACCAGCUCGAAGGUUUGGUCAGACAAGUCCAAAGCCGACAGACAAACUACCAGCGUUAAAUUUCGAGAACGAAAGUCCAAGGGAAAACGGAAGUGUGACUCUCCGCGAAAAAGUGCAGGAAAGAACACCUGUUCCCCCUUUGCGAAGAUUCGGUAAUAGGUCGUCACAAAGGGUGAACGCGAAUACUUUGGAUUCAGAGGAAGAAGCGAGUCGAUCGGGCGAUGUAACGAUUUGCGACGAGAAUGAGAACGUACCCGGGGAUUACAUGUUUAAAAGAUAUUCUCAGGAUGCGGUUAGAAAGUCGAAUCUUUCGAUAAACAGCUGCGUUUCUGUCGGAAGUACGAUGAGCACGCACGGUCGUAAAAAACGGAGAGCGCCUCAACCACCACGGCGACCAGAGAAUAUGGAAACAAACGAAAAGGUUCCUGAAGAAGCUAACAUAGAACUACAGAUAGUGGAACCGAUGGACAUAGCGAGGGCUACUGAAAACAUAGAUGAUCUGACAAAAAAGAGUAAGGAUUUAGACGAGAAACUUAGCGAAGUGAAAGAAAAAUCGCAAGUGUCAAUUCCGAAAGGCGUACAACCAUCCGAAGAAGCUGCAAUAAAAAAUAGUUCGACAGAAGUUGUGGAAAUUAAUACAGAGAUACUAAAUAAAGAGAACACUUGCACUGAGAAAGAACCAAAAGAUGUAGGAAUAGAGAUAGCAGAACGAAAAAGCCCGACUUCGGAGGAUCAAAGGAUUGCCCAGAAAGAAGACUUUAAGAAACCUGUUAAGAAGGAUGGGGAAGAAAUUCAGGUCGAGUAUCGUAGAGCUUCUCAGGGAAAUAUAGAAAUAAUUAAAGACAUCGACCAAGUGAAUUCAUUGUCAGAGUUAGAUAAUGUCUGUCUGCAAAGGAAAAGUUCUUCUAGUUCGUUGUCCAGAAGCAGCAGUUUCUCUGUGAAAGAUGAGAUAGAGAAAAUCGAAAAGCAAAUAAAGGCAUUAGAAACGAGAAAUGCUUCUAAGGACUCGUCGGAUGAGAAGAAUAAUUUGCAAGAAAAUGUGAGACACUCGAUCCAGGAGAACCGUAGGCAUUUCUUUCAAAAUAUGGUAGAUAACGAGAAUGACAAAGGUGCAAUUAAGAUAGAGUUUAAAGAAUUGCCAAGGGAACAGAAAGACAUUCACGUGGUAAGACUAAACGGCUCGCCUGUUCCUACAAUAGCGCCUAGAGAGCCAGUAAAAGUUAUUGAGCUUCACAUUUCUGAGCCCAUAAGACAAAAACCGGAGAUUCUUGAAGAUGUGAAUCCGAUUCCAAAACCCAGAAGGCACAGUGCUUUGACUCGGAACGAUUCUCAACCUACCAUAACUUCAAAUGAAACUAGAAGGUACCUCGAACCGACCAGAGGGAAGUCGUUUUAAAGUUUGUAUUUUUAACGGUAAAUUCUUGUAGGGAAUUGUACAAUCUUUUCGGUCUCUAAAUUAAACAGAAGAAUAUGUAUCUCUGUUGAUCUUAGUCGAUAUAUAUUUUCAAAGACUGUAUAAACAUUGUGUACACAUGUGCCUUUAUUUAAUGCUUUAAAAUAUUUUCUGACUGUUUGAAGUAUCUUUAGGUAUGUCUUAGGUGUAAUUGUCACAUGAAAUCUGGUUUCUAGAUAGCUAUAGGAUAGGGUUAUUUUUGAAAUGUUUCUUGAACGGAAUAUGUUAUUCUUCGAGAUACUUCAAAAGGUUACACAUAUUUGGAGCCUUAUUACUACAGAGAAGAAGCCUUGAUAAAUUAUGUGAUCAUAGCUAUUUCUUGUUUAUUUAACACUUUUGUUAUUUAUUGAUGAUUUAUUGAUGAAUAAAGUCUGAAAACUAUACUAGGUCUGUGCUAUUCCUUCUCUAUGAGAAACGCAUGUUGAUAAUUUUAUUUAAAAGGAUUCAGAAUUUUUUGCCUCUAUUUGUAUGAUUAAUUUUUCUCAAGGACGAUGAAAUUUAAUCACUAGUUGAUUCGAGAUAGAGAAAGCUUUUAUUGUUACAAAUUGUAAAUAUUAAUUUAGUACAUUAAUGUACUAGUAUAUAUAAUUUACAAAACAAUGUUAAUGUAUAAAAAAAAAAACAGAACAAAACAAAAAGGCUUCUAAAGAU